GUGCGAUGGUCAGCUUGCAUGCUGUUGGCGUAAAUACAUAAAGCGCAGCUAGCUGAUCCGGAUGCUUCAGUGGGUUUUAACGUGAGCUACUGUGCUGAGUGCGCGAGUACACUAUCAAGCAAAGAGAACCAGCGUCGCCACGGAAUGGCACAGCGGAAGGUUAAAAAUCUGGCCGGUGUGGUACACGGCGUUGAAGACUUUCGUGUGGAAGAAAUCCCCAUACCUCGGCCACGCGAUCAUGAGGUUCUGAUCGAGAUGGAUUGUGUGGGAAUUUGUGGCUCGGAUGUGCACUACAUCUCACACGGUGGGUUUGGUGACUACAAGCUAAAGGACAAGCUAGUGCUUGGCCACGAAUCGUCCGGCGUGGUGAUGGAAGUUGGACGAAGCGUUACGACUCUGAAGGUGGGUGAUCGUGUGGCGAUCGAACCAGCGAUUGGCUGUCGAACGUGCCGUCACUGUAAGGCCGGUCGGUACAAUCUCUGCCCGGACGGUAUCUACUGUGCGACGACUGGUCAGGGAAAUUUGUGUAACUAUUACACACACGCGGCCGAUUGCUGCUUUAAAUUGCCACCGAAUGUCACGAUGGAAGAGGGCGCUUUGUUGGAACCGUUGGCCGUCGCCGUUCACUGCUGUCGACGGGGUGGAGUUGGUAUCGGUAAUAGCGUGCUGGUGCUCGGUGCCGGACCGAUCGGGCUCGUUACGAUGCUGGUGGCAAAAGCGAUGGGAGCGGCCAAGGUGUGCGUCAUCGAUCUGAUGGAAUGUAAGCUGGAGCUGGCGAAAACUCUCGGAGCCGAUGCAACGUUGGCCGUCAGUGGACACGAUGCUCAGGAAGAGGUGGUUAAACGCAUCCAUCUGCUGCUUGGUACGGCGCCCGAUAUUAGCAUCGAUUGUACCGGUGCCGAAGCCUGCGUACAGCUGGGUAUUGCCGCUACCGUUCCGGGCGGUGUGGUGACACUGGUCGGUAUUGGUGCGAUACAGCAACGCAUUCCAAUAACGACGGCUCUGGUACGGGAGAUCGACAUCAGGACGGCAUUUCGCUAUGCAAACUGCUAUCCAGCGGCACUAGCAAUGGUGGCCAACGGUACGAUCGAUGCACUCAAACUCAUUACCCAUCAUUACGAUCUGGCCGAAUCGGAACAGGCGUUCAAAACUGCCCGAUACGGUCUGGACGGCGCUGUAAAGGUGAUGAUCCACUGUCAGCCAAGGAACAAAAAUAAUCCCAAACGAAAGGUGUAAGCACAAGACGGCAGUGUGAUGGCAGCGGUCAAUAAAUGUUCAUAAUAUUUACUUAACUCAA